AUGAAAACCAGCGACAAGAGCGAGCAGCUCCAGCAGCGUCAGCUGUGGCUUCCCACCAUCGAGACGGCUCUGUCGCUGCUUCUGUUCCCCCGUGCUGUCUCUGCACUCGUGAAUCCCAUUGCAGACUGCAACGAGACGUUCAACUAUUGGGAACCGCUGCACUAUCUGCUCUACCGCUUCGGGUUCCAGACAUGGGAGUACUCGCCUGAUUAUGCUCUGCGCUCGUAUCUGUAUCUACUGCUGCACUACGUGAUGGUGAAACUCCUGUCCUUUGGCAUCACGCUACGACUCUUUACACGUCAUAAGCUGCUGCUGUUCUAUGGUCUACGCGCAGCCUUAGGGUUGGUAUCGGCUUAUGCGGAGGCGCGGUUCUACUACUCUACCAGCAAGUGCUUUGGUCGACGAACGGCUCGCUAUUUACUGUGCAUCUUGCUAUUCAAUGCAGGGAUGUUUCAUGCAAGCACAGCAUUGUUGCCCAGCUCCUUUACAAUGGUUCUGAUCAUGCUCUUUACAAGUGCAUGGAUGGACAAAGGCUACGAUUUAGCAAUAUUUUAUGGUGUUGUAGCUGUACUUUGCGGCUGGCCGUACGUCGGUGUUCUCUUUAUCCCAUUUGCGGUCGAGACAAUCUACGUUCGUGGAUGUACCAGGAGCAUCUUGGUGGGCGCAGCUAUUGGAGGUCCAAUUUUGGCUCUGGAGCUGCUUGUCAACUACCACUACUAUCGCCGCUGGGUUCUCCCGGCGUGGAACAUUCUUGUGUACAAUGUGCUGAGCAACGAGACGGACUCGACGCUCUAUGGAACGGAGCCCCUGAGCUACUACGUGAUGAACUUGGCACUCAAUUUCAACGUAGUCGCUUUAUUGGCAGUGCCGGCGGCGUUGUUCGUGCUCAUGCUGCCAGUGCAUAUUGGAGCUGGAAACGUGCAGUUGUUGGCUUAUUUGUCGCCGAUGUAUGUUUGGGUGGUGAUUAUGUUCGGCCAAGCACACAAGGAAGAGCGAUUUUUGUCUCCUGUUUAUCCGCUGAUUUGUUUGGCAGCUGCAAUCACAUUGAGUGCAGUCGUGUACCGCAUUGGGCAAUUUCUUGGUCACGCUGAUUCUGUGGGUCGUAAACUAUCGCACCUGUUUGUAAUAGGCACGCUGGGCAUUUAUUCGUCACUGUCUGUUUCUCGAGUGGCAAGCAACGUUUUAAAUUUCAGCGCUCCGCUUCGUGUGUACCAGCAUCUCUAUGGCCAGGUAUUACCAAAUUCUGAACUCAGCAUGCUCGAUGCAGGCUCAAACGCAACAAAAUCCGUGGUGAACUUGUGCAUCAUGAAGGAAUGGUACCGAUUUCCGACAAGCUUUUUCGUCCCAUCCAACAGCACCAAAGUGCAAUUUGUCAAUUCGUCAUUUGGAGGGCUUCUACCGAAGCCUUUUGAGGAGCACGUAAACGGCACUUCGAUUAUCCCCAGCGCUAUGAACGACCGAAAUCGGGAGGAGUCUAGUCGAUACGUGUCCAUCGAAGUUUGCGAUUACGUGGUGGACCUGAACCUGCCCAGUCAGAAAGAAAUUAAACUUUGGGAGGAGCCUGCAACUUGGGAGCUCGUGCACUCGGAGCCGUUCUUGGAUGUAGAGCGAUCCAAGUCGCCCUACCGGUCGUUCUACAUCCCUGUGCUGACACCACGGCAUGUUUAUUACGCGGACUAUACAGUGUACAAGCGCAAAGACAUUGCACAAAUUGAGAAACUAGGUUGA